GCUUGACCUUUUUAACCAUGUUUAUUAUGAUUUCCCAUUUAGCAGGUGUUGGUUAUCUUCAGUGAGGUCGUAAAGGGUUCUUUUUUUUCGAAAGCAAGCAACUCCUAACCUUUGAAUUACUGUUAUAUUAACCACCUUCGUGAUGCCAAUGCCUAAUAUGAACGCGCUACGGACACGACUGUUUGCUUUGAUUUACUUGGCUACCACGCCACAGGCAUUGUCCAGCGCCAGCACGACGGCAGCACCACUGGGCAGCGCGGCGGCUGCACCCUCCAUAGAGGAUGUGCACAAAAAACUCUCGAAGCUGUUUACGUUCGACAAGGUAGAGCACGGGGAUUUCCUUUCCUCGAUGCACGACUACGAGCAGUUUUUCGCGAACGGUACGCUAAACUAUUACAAGAACUUAACCACCACGUCGGCAGGAAACAUCAGCGAAUGGAGCGAGAAAGUUCAGGGGCAGAUCCCGCAAUGGAUGCAGAUAUGAAUUGCAAAAGUUAAAGUAUCGUACUCGUAUAAAUGCAUUACAAAUUUCCUCAGCGUGAGACAUAAGAUUUGUAAUGCAGAUUUGCCUUGGGGGCAAGAUUUGUAAUGAAAGACUUGCAUUUAUACGAGUGCGAUACUUUUGCACAGGAUAGCAGAAGCGGGCGGUCGAAAUCCACGGCACCAUGGUAGGUAUGAAAUGCAAAAGUGUCUGGGUCUGGAAGGAUGUAGCUUGUCAUGCUAAAUCUGGAUCGUGGAAAGUUUUGUGUUGCAUGAUUACCAAAAGAGCUCCGCUUUUGAACAACUUUAGAGGCAGUUUCUCAUGCAGGAAAGGCAUGAUAGAGGUUUCACAGAACCUGUCACGCUAGGCCGUGCAUGCCAGAGCGCGUGGGUCAUGGAAAACCUGCCUGACAAACCUAGCAAUCUUCCAGACCCAGACAUUUUUGCAAUCCAUAGUAGGAUCACCGAUGCAACUGGACGCCAAGAGUUCGGAGCUGCAGUAUGCUUACGAGAAUGACAUGAUCGCGCACGAGCGCGUGGCCCGCGCCAUCGUGAAGGAGUUCGCGAAGGACAUUCGCGACGAGGCCGCCGUCAAGGUUCCCGUCGUUACUACCGGCGUUUGGAGUUCCCGCGUUUCUCACACGAACAAGAACGGCCGCGGAUCCAGGCCGCAAGUGGCGCGCUUGAACGCCGACACCGAUCCCAUAGGAGUUCUGUUGUUGGAGCUCUUCGGCGUAGACCUGAACCAGUUGACCUUGGCGAGUCUCCUGCAGAUGAUGGCCUUUCUUGAGCACUUCAUCCGCUCGCCUCUGGCGACGUUCGAUUUGGAAAACCUCGUUGCGGAAGAUCACGGACGCCUGAUUCAGUCCCUAAACUCCAAGCUGGAGCGACAUCUGCAGGUAUGAAAAUGAUGAAAAAACAUAGAUAAAACUAAAAGAAAAAGUCAUAUACUCAUCGUGAUUCGACGUUGUGCUUCUUCUAGCAAAAGAAAAGCAAACAGUAGAAUCUGCUUGUCCGUGCUGCGUUGAUGAAUGACUUUACAUACGUAGAGGCUUUAGUGACUGUAACGGAACCGGAUUUAUCCAUAUAUUAUCCCCCAACCAAAACUGCACCAACAUCAAUCCCCACAGACCGUCGCGGAUUCCAAGUCCUCGCUUCUACGAACUUCGUUCAAUGACACCGAGCGCGCCACCCUGCAGACUGACGUGAAGCGGGUGAACAAGAAGGCCAACAACGACGCGCUGAGCAACAAGUUUGAGAAGUUUGUCGAUACCCACAAGGCCGAGGCCCGUUCGGCAUCAAAGAAGGGUCGCAGAACAAGCACGCCCACGGAGCAGGACAACAUCAAUUCGGACCCGUCUCCAGACAUGAAUUCGGACGGUGCCUCCAGCAGUCCAAAUUCAGACCAGAACAGCGAGGCCACCAAGGAGCUGCUGGAGGAGGUCAAAUCUAUCGCUAACACGCUUUCUUCUGAUGAGGUGAAAAAGCUGCAAGAGUCCGAGCAGGCACUGAACACGCACGAGGUCCACCUGCACUCCCGGCACACGCAGCGUGUCUGGAUCGAGAACAGCACCAAUGUCACCUCCAGUCUGAACGCGUUGAACGCCUUAAACUUGUCCGAAGUCGAAAAGUCCUCCGUUCUCGAGGGGCUGCACGUGGCGGGGACAGAGCAGCAGCAGCAAGGCGGGAUGGUGGACACAGACGCAGUGUCCUCCACGACCGUCGCGCCGUCGUCCUCAGCAAAUAAACAAACGCAAACAACGUCAACAUCGACUGGCGAACAAAUAGCGGAUCCGAAUGACCCGGAGGCGCUGGUGCAGAUCGAGAUCGAGGAGUCAGAGGACAUUGACCUGCUGUUUUUGACAAACCAGUCGACCGCCGCAAAAGCGGAGUUUAACCUGCACACCAUGCUGGGCCAAGCCGCGCAGAUCAUGUCGAUCCCGCUGGCCAAGUACCUGCUCACCCCCGAAGCCUCGAAGCAGUACUUGGCCAACGCGGAGGCGCAACGGGACCCGAAGAGCCGCCGUGGCGGCAAGAACUACAAGAGGCGGCAGAUGUGGGAGUGGGCCCACGAACGGCUGCAUUUGCCGGAACACUCGAAGCUGCUCGACCGCUUGCCCUUCAACUGGACCGACUUCAACAUCAACUCCACCCUUUUCAUGCAGAUCCGGAUCGACAACACCAGCGACACCAGCAUCGCGGAAAACCUGGAUCGCGAGACCCUGGUCCACACUAUCCUCGAUGUGUACCGAUCGAUUUCGGUGGUAGACAUCGCUUCGACGUUUCCCGCCACUCUGGCGCUCGCCGCCUUCGUCGACAGUGUUAUUUCCGCCAUCGAGGCGCGCGCCACCCGGGUCAACAUGGACCGGGUCAAAUUUCCGAACGAGCCGCAUCGAAUCGAGGACGGCGUCUUCUUCAAGGGCUUUCAGCACGUGCUGGAAGCGAACAAAAUUGGCUUGUUCACUCGGGAGGUGCAGCGCAUGGAAAACUUGGAGGACGCCGUGCGCAAGGAGCAAAUGCAGAAGAUUUACCUCAACUUAUCAGAAUGAAAAAUGCCCCCACCCCCGAACUUGAAAGCAUUUGUAUUGCAAACCUUUCCAAAUGAAACAUUCGCCCUCUUGCACCUUUCAGCAUCACAGGUUUCCACUCGUGAAUAGCGAAAAUUUGUAUUGCAAAAGACCCCAGCAAGAGCGGCGCUUGUCAUGCAAGCGAUGCGAUGCACGCCUAGACUCUGCAUCAGAAAGAUUCAUACUCGUUUCAUGCAUGACAAAAAGUUUUCAUUUGCAACCUUCGCAUCACAAAUUUUUCCAAUUUGAGGAGUGGGGGGCACUUUUCACUGUAAUACAACUUCAACGAAAUCUUCCCCUCGGAGGUCAAGCUCGGGUUCGCAGGCAUGAUCGGCACGGUCAAGCACCUCGAGUAUCUAGAUGCCGAAGCAAAGAAGGAGAAGGCGGCGCAGGACAAAAAGAAACGUAGCUAUUCUCUAAUGCUCAACUUCUUGUUCUUCGUGGUUCUUCUUCGUUAUUUCGAUUUAUAUAUGAAAAGAACAGCACUACAGUCUACAACUGACAGGUACCCUGGUAGACUUAGUUUACCAGGGUACCUGUCAUCGUCAAUCAUGUUCGUGAUCUCUGGUCAGUAGCAGGAGGAGCACGCCUCUUGAUACAACCAAAACCAUUACCAUUAGGUGUAGGUAUAAGAUAGCAAUAGGCCAUUCUUGCUUCCUCCCACCUAAUUGCAUCUACUCGACAGCCCCCGCAAUUUGUCUGUACUGACAGUCUCCUGGUCCUGGCACCAACAUGCUACUUACAUCAAUCACUGACAGGUGGGAACUGCGUCGCGGAAGUGGAUGAACGAGCGAACGUCCUUCUCCGCGGGAAGCUCUCCCUUUACCGCAUGGACCACAUCAAGCCCUACCCCGGUAUGGAGAGGCAAGAGAGCGAAGUGAUCCAGGCCAACGGGCAGAAGGUGAUGACCAAGUCUUCGCGGUUUCUCAACAUGUGGGACGCCAUCACUGCCCCGUACGCCCAGGAGGAUUUCUACUCCUACGGGCUGCGCGGCCGCUUUGACUACAGCAACCUGUUCCUGAACGACGCAGAGAUCGCGGAGGUUGCGAACGAGGAUGACGAGGUGGUUGCGUAUUUCCGGGAACUUGUGAACUCGGAUUACUACAAACUGAACCUCCUCCAGCCGCAGGACCUGGAACGGUUGCACGCGCUGCCGGAAAUCAGGCCAAACCCGGACCUGCCCGUCCUGAAAUACGGCCACCACGGCGCGUACUUGAACGGAGGGGGUGCAGGUAGGCCCACAUCCUCGUCCUCCUCGUCCGGCCGCACGACGCAGCUCCAGGGACGAUACGGCUCGAACUCAGCCGGCCUGUUCAAUACACUGUUCUUCAGCAAGGGGAACCCCCGCACCGCGGGGCAAGCCGCCAGUUGCUUUGAGUACAGCCGCGACUUGUGCACGCCCAUCGAGCUAUUUGAAGAACCGAAGAACGUCGUCAACAACCAGCUGGCGGACGUCGCCUCUGGAACAACAACAACAAACGUGGUGGAAGAUGAUCUGGCUUACUACGACGGCGCGGCGCAGCACCCGGGUGCUGGAGAAAGUCAGAAACUGAUGGCGGGCAGCGCACACCAGAUGAACACUGGCACCACAAGCACUUCUUCCCCGGCCGGAAUGCUCGCGCACUUCUCGUUUGUCUUUCACUCUUCGUCCUUCUUGUACAGCCUCGUUGGCAACAUGCGAGCGCUCGUCAUGAUCGGUGGCCUGGCCGCCAGCUUCGUUCUCCUGCUUGGUGCCUUCGGGAUGAUGGACCUCAGCGGAAAAAGCAACUUCGCGGUGGAAAAGGAGGAAAGCGUUUCGCGGACGAAGCUACAGGCCGCUGAUUUGGGAACCGUCGUGGAGCUGUCGCAGGACGCUACGGGGGAAAACGGCAAGGUCGUGUAGUCCGGAGCAGUAUGUUGAAAAGGUGACGCUCACGCUGUCGACGAAGUUUUUAAUAUGUUUUGAAGAUGUUGGCUCUGGCUGGAGCAAGAACCAAAAAUCACACCGAUUUUUGGGCAAGCAAUUUUUACGUUUACAAUUUUUUUCUCAAGCGGCGCAUUCUUUUUCAUCAUACACAUUUACGUUUAUCAUUCAAAUUCGAUUUCAAUCAUAAGCAUUCAUCUCAUUCAAAAAGUUUUUGUUGACACAAAGAACUAUGUGUGCGACACUUUCACAUUCUUCUGUACAUUUUUUUGUUUUGGAAAAAGCGCAGCCCCCCCAUGCUGCGUGCAGCGUACUACAGCGGUUAAGGUUAUGUAAUCUUGUUUGCCUACAUCCUAGGCGGGUACAACACCUAGUAAACGUGUGAGGUUGAUUGUUGCCUCUAUGUCUUCUAGGACGUGGUAUCCGAAGCGAAACCAAAGUAUAUCUUUCGGCGAAAGAAAAAGAUACUUUGCUUUUUUCCCCAACGAAUCCCCUCCCCCGCCAAUCCCACCCCCUCCAUCACCAUCUCCUUCUCUUACAAAAUCGAUCUAAGCCGUGAUCGUGCCUAUUCUUUUUCACAAAACGAAAACCCCAUACCAAACCAACGAGCAGGAAGUGCUGGAAGUGCGAGCUUCAUCUGCAGCAGAGAAAUAAGUGCCGUUUACUAUUUGUAGUACGAGCACUACACCAACAACAAGUAUUUAAGAAAUCCAGCUCAAGCAGUGAUCGUAAAAAAAAAAGGCUCAUGAUGCAUUGUCUUUGUUGUGCUGCGACCUGUCGAGCUCGAGACGAAAGUAGGUUCAUCUUAUGUUGCCAUGGCGUUGAACUUUGAUGAGUCUGCUUCUGCAUGAGAUGGUAUGAUGUGUUGUUAGUUUGCGCUUCCACGAGGACGGUACGUACCCCUGAAAAUGAAAAUAAGUACUCCUCGU